GGAUCUAUCUCAAAACCAAAGAAAGCAACAGGAAGAAAAAUUGCAGUCAGCUAAGAUUGUCUCCAGAAAAAACGGGUCUUGGGGCUCACGUAUACUCAGCUCACCAGGAAAAGGUGGAAGGAAGCAUGUAGACCGUUACCUCCGAGCUCGUAAACCCUGAGCUAGUUACUAAUCCACCUCUUCCUCACCCUCUCUGAUCUGCUCCACCGUCCUUCUGCUGCUCCUUUGCUCCCUCUGCCAGCAGGCUGCGGCUCACCCCUUGGAUCUUCAUCCUUCCCCUGCUCCAGACACUCUCCCAGGCAGCUCCUUUAACCCGCGGUCCUCUAACCCACUCACCCCUGAAUCUUCUCUGGUAUCCCCUGCAAGACCCAGGCUCCUGCUUCUCUUUUACUUUCCAGUUUAUUUUCAUCUCAUUUAUUCCCUACUUGCCAGAAGACCAAGUCCUCAGCCCCUUCUGACCCUUCCUGCCCUGCCUGUGACUCUCAGGAGCUUUUGGAAACCGUGAAGCUCGGGACAGAGGGCAGUGUCAGAGCUGCGCCUGCACCAGGACGUCGCUUUCCUGAUAGGCAUGUGUGCAUAUUUCGCACAUGGUCAUACAUUUUAAGGCAGGGAGGUUUUUUCUGUGACACAGGGGGUCUGCACCAGGCACCGCACAGCAACGGCAUCACCAAUGAGACUGCUUCCAUUCCUAGUUCUGAUUUCCAGUCUGCUGGACUAUGGCUGCACUUCUGCCAGCUGCAACAUGACAUGCCACAAAGACGCCAGGUGUGAAGUUCAGGGUGGGAUAACAGGCUGCUAUUGCUCCCAAGGAUAUACGGGAAAUGGCUUAACGUUCUGUUACGAUGAUAAUGAAUGUGAAAAUGCUACUCAGCCUUGCGGAGAGCAUGCCAAUUGCACAAACACGGUGGGAAGUUAUUUCUGCAUGUGUGCGCCCGGUUUCAAAUCCAGCAAUGGUCAACAAACUUUUGUACCUAAUGAUGGAACCUCCUGCGUGGAUGUAGAUGAGUGCAGCAAUGAAGGAACUGUUGCCUGUGGAGAUCAUGCAAAAUGUGAAAACGUGGAUGGAGGGUUUAACUGCUCCUGUAAGGAAGGUUAUCAACCAUCCACAGGAAAAUUGCAGUUUAAGCCAAAUGAUGGCACUUCCUGCCAAGAAAAUCCGAAGGCCAAGUGUGAGUUAUACAAAGACUGUAUAACUGAACAUAUUAAUAGAACUUUAGCUGGCAUUAGUCAUUUAAAAACACCCCUGGAGAUGCUGCAAAAAAUUAAUAAGAAUACUUUGGGACCACUUUUACCUGUAGAUGUGAUUUCGUAUGUUGAAGCGCUAUCUUAUGCAUCGCUGAAUGCCAUGCACUACCCUGUUUCUGACAAUGAAGCACUUCGUAAUACGACCGUUAACGUUUUGGUUAACACUGUGAACAAUUUUCUACAAAAAGACAAAAUUACAGUCUGGGAAGCUCUUCCUGGAGAUAAGCAAAGACAGAGCCUGACUAAGCUGCUGCAUACUGCAGAACAAGCGACGCUUCUCAUGUCGCAGAACUUCAAAAAGACAACACAGCUAGAUGCUAAUGCAAGUGACAUAGCACUCAGGGUUUUUGCUUUUGAUUCACACCGCAUGAAACACAUUCACCCUCAUGUGUACAUGGGGGCAGAUUACAUAAAGAUCUCUCCAAAGAAGAGAGAGGAAUCUCAUCCUAAUGGCACCGUUGCAGUUGUCUUUCUGCGGUAUAACAAUAUCGGUUCUUUGCUUUCAUCGCCUAAAAACCACUCCUCGAAAGACACUUCAGAGCAGAGACAGACAGUAAGCUCAUCAGUUAUAGCUGUUGCAAUUAGCUCAGAUCCACCUACACUCUAUGAGCUCGAGAAAAUAACAUUUACCUUAAAGUAUGCCAAGACUGCAGAUAAAGAUAUUAAAUGUGCGUUUUGGAACUACUCAGCAGACACAAUGAAUGGCAACUGGGCUACAGAAGGCUGCGAGCUGACACAUUCCAACUCCACGCAUAUCUCAUGCAAAUGCAAUCAUCUGACUCAUUUCGCUGUUCUGAUGUCCUCAGGUGGCUCUGUUGGUGUUACAAAUUAUAACAUUCUUACAAGAAUCACUCAGCUAGGAAUAAUUAUUUCGUUGAUUUGCCUCUCCAUGUGCAUUUUUACAUUCUGGUUCUUCAGUGAAAUUCAAAGCACGAGAACGACAAUUCACAAAAACCUCUGCUUCAGCCUUUUCCUGGCGGAACUUAUUUUUCUGAUUGGAAUUAAUAUGAACAACAAUAAGCUCUUCUGUUCAAUUACUGCUGGAUUACUCCAUUAUUUCCUUCUAGCUGCUUUUGCGUGGAUGUGCAUUGAAGGUAUUCACCUCUACCUUAUAGUUGUGGGAGUCAUCUACAACAAGGGUUUCUUGCACAAGAAUUUCUACGUCUUUGGCUAUGUCAGUCCAGCCGUGGUCGUUGGAAUCUCUGCCGCACUGGGAUACAAGUACUAUGGGACCACAGAAGUAUGUUGGCUCAGCACAAAGAAUAACUUUAUAUGGAGUUUUAUAGGACCGGCAUGUCUAAUAAUUCUUGUUAAUUUGUUGGCUUUUGGAGUGAUUAUUUAUAAAGUAUUUCGACACACUGCAAUGUUAAAGCCAGAAGUUAGUUGUUAUGAAAAUAUAAGAUCCUGUGCCCGCGGUGCUCUUGCUCUCCUGUUCCUCCUUGGGGCUACCUGGAUCUUCGGGGUCCUCCACGUCGUACAGGGAUCUGUGGUUACCGCAUAUCUUUUUACAAUCUUCAACGCGUUCCAGGGGAUGUUCAUCUUCAUAUUUCUUUGCGUGUUGUCUAGGAAGAUUCAGGAAGAGUAUUAUAGGUUGUUCAAAAACGUUCCUUGCUGUUUCGGCUGCUUGAGAUAAAUGGAAGGAAAACAUGCGUGGGCAUCUCAGCGGAAGAAGGGAGCAACCUAGAUGGUGGUGUUAUGGAUAUUACAGAAAAAUGUGGUAUUGUGGAAGUAUGAAAUGACCCAGUGAGCAGGCAUAUCUCUUAACUGAAUUACUGACUGGUUUUGUACAUACGUGUGCAUUCAUGCAGAGCAUUUAUAUUACGCUGUAUACAAACAGUACACAAAACAAACUGAUUAUUGCAAAACAAAUAUUAAUGAACACCAGGGAAAGAUAUAAAUUCCUAAAGAAGCUCAAGACUUUUCAUGACUUAUGUUUUGUUUCUAAUAUUAGAAAUAUCUGCAGUCCUUGAAAGCGAGAUACCAAAAUUUUAUGAAUUACUUUGCUAGUGGAAACACGUUCACUGUCCUUUUGUAGUAAUGAGCUUCUACGUUAAGUUGUACGUGGCCAUCUGCAGCGAAUGGGUUCCAUUAAAGAGUCAAUAGAUAAAGAUCUGCUUCAGCCCAGACUUUUGAAAACAUUUCUUUUAAUUUAAAGUAGAUUAAAAAAGGAAUUUGUUUAAUAUUAUUCUCUUAUCACUCUGAAAUAUAUAUUUGUAUAUUAAUCAAUUCUUUAUUUUUAUAACUUUUAAAGAACUGUUUAGAUCUAAAGAGCUGAGGUCAGAUCUGAUACAAGAAUGGUGGGCCAGCCAUUUUAUAAGUGAAAGAUUAUUUUGUGAAUACUUUGAAAAAGAUCUGGUUCUUGUUUUAUUUAAUUGCCAAAAGGACUGAGAUCUGCUAAACUGGCGCUAUGAUUUUGGAGGCUGCGGGGAGAAGAUGAUUUCACAAGUUUGUCACUUGACAGAGAUAUUUGGACUCCAGACCUUGUAGGAUCAAGUUAAAGUGGUAGAAAUCACCCAUGCAGAAGAAUACAGACUUAAAUUCAAGGUCGUGUUCCUCCAUACCACGUAAAAUUUUAAUUGCAGCGGUUUUCUCUGCUCAUAGCAUCUUUGAGUCAAGCAGUUGUCUAGCUCUGAGGCUCCUGGUUUUGAAACACUUACCCUGUGUUUAACCUAAGGAGCAUCCAUAGAUCUACUGAAAUCAAAGGGAGUACUUGGGGUGCAAGUUUUGCUGGACCAGGGCAUAAACACGAUGCAUCAGCAGUUCCACCUUUGCCAUCUUACACCUUUUAAAAGUAUGCUUUAAUUUCACCCUUUUAGCACCUAGCUUAUCUGACGUGCUGAGCAAUCCUCAGUCCACGUUGCCUUCUCAGGAAGCGUCCAGGAUCUCAGAUGAAGCCCAGUAUUUUUACCAGUGAGGCACUGUAAAUAUGUAGUUGUUGAUAAAUCCCACUGUUGUGUCAUCUGUUAAAAAUAAAGCACUACUCUGAACUUUAUUUAUAUUAAAGGAAACCCUUUUUCUGGUAAUGGUCGAAUUUGUUUGGUUUUUAUCUUUUUUCCAUAUACACAAGGCUUUCAUCGUAUGCACUGCAGUGACAUGCUUCAUUAUGUAUAUUCCAUGUGUCUGUCAAAAUUUUGGAAACCACAAGAGGAAUCUUUUUUACUGGGGAAAAAAAAUAUAUUUCUCUUGAUCCUUUGAAUGUAAAAUAUGUGAAUAAACUGAAGUGCUUAGCUUUCA